AUGGACGAUUUGUUGGGCGAAGAUUGGCAAACUGCUUCAAAACCAAAGCCGGUCGAUGCCACAGCACGGAAUCUCUCAUAUGGUCUACAACACAAUAGUCUGCGUGCAAGUCCCGCGAUCCCAACGUCUGGCGUCACAACUCCUCAAAGUAUCAGCCGACCGUCGAGCACGACCCCAGCGGUCAAAAAUCCCCCUCAGAAGGACCGUUUUGAGAAUUUACUGUCGCUGAAAUCUCAAAAGCCCACAAAACCCCUCACGCUAUUGGAACAGCAACAGAAAGCACUCUCGGAGAAGCGACGCCAGCAGGAAGAGCAAUCGCAGUUGUGGGAUACCCUCGGAAGCAAUGUCAAUGAUAACCAAGCUCGGAGUGGAACUCCAAAGCUCGGCCAGUCUUACUCAGGCGGCAGUAAAGACGAGGAAGACGAUAUUCUGGCAGCCUUUAAUAAGGCUGCGCCUGUGAACAAUGCGAGUCACUUCCCUCCGCCACGGGCGGAGACUUUGAGUGGCGGAAAUACAAUCGCCUCGACUUCAUUCUCGCAAAAUCCUGACAGCUCGCUGGAGGUGUUUAACGAUGACGAUGAUCCCUUCGGCCUUGGUACCAUUGCCAACGGAAGCAAUCGCGCCAGAAACGAGCCAGGCGUCACUCAUCAUGACAACGAUGAGGAAGACAUUUUGGGGGACCUUGGUCGCCCGAUAUCAGAGCUUGCCCCCAAGAAAGCCGCGACAAGAGAAAAUGCGCCGCGCGUCGCUACACGUGAGCCGCAACAAGACGGCGCGGUUGCUGAACUGGUGGAUAUGGGCUUUCCAAUCGACAACGCGAGACUUGCUCUUGCCGAGAAUGACGGCGAUGUGCAGCGUGCGGUGGGCUGGCUUUUGCAGCAGGCCCAUGAGGAGUCAAAACAGAAGGCGAAGCAAAAUCUGCCCGAACGGCAACAGGCUCCACCAUCAACGGAGGCCAUACCGUCAUCACAAUCUCGCGAUGCUCAGAGGAGGGCAGGCGCGGACAGACACGGAGGCAACACAGGGGCGCGGAGACAUGACACUGCUUCGCCCGCUCGAAGUGAUAAGGACGCCGCACAAAUUGCAUCAGAGCUCGGAAACAAGCUCUUCAAGGGAGCGAAUUCUCUUUGGAAGGCCAGUCAGAAGCAGAUGACCAAGACAAUAGCAGAGUUUCAGCAGGAGAGAGACUCAAGUUCGCCAAAGUGGAUGCAAGAAGCCGUCGCUGAUACUAGUAGAUCCGGCAGCCAGAAUCGAGCGAGACAGGCUGCCGACAAUCGGCGAUCCGAUCACAAAAAACCACCUCCGAUAUCUCGAGCGCCCGCGCCCCCCACUCGGCCGACGCCUGCUAAACGUGACAUCCCCGCCGUGUCCGCAUCCGCACUGUCAAGUUCGGCAGCUCAUCGCAAGAUCGGCGGGGAGGCUUUUAAACGGGGAGACUUCGGAUCUGCGCACGAGUCUUACACGCGUGCUCUCACGCCUCUUCCUGCCACACAUCCUGUGACCAUAAUCGUGUUGGUGAACCGUUGUUUGACGGCUUUGAAGACUGGCGACGCUAAGAUGGCUGUGGCUGAUGCCGAUCGUGCUCUUGCCAUUAUCGGCGACAGCAAAGGCAUUGGUGAAGUCAUUGACCUCGGAGCCGGCGAGGCUAGUAAGGACAUGAGAGACUUUUAUGGCAAGGCCUUGAUGCGUAAGGCUGAGGCAUUGGAACAUCUUGAAAAGUGGACUGAGGCCGCCGGUGUAUGGCAUAUUGCCAUUGCUGCAGGCAUCGGCGGCGCUACUAGCAUCCGAGGACGAGACAGAUGCGAGAAAGCCUCUGCUCCCCAGACUGCCGCGCCCAAACCACGGCCAGCAACGACCGCGCCACGGGCUAACACCGCACCGCCUUCGGCUGGACUUCAGCGUCCGGCCGUUUCAUCGGCAACGUCGGCUGAGGCUGUGAAAAAACUGCGGGCUGCCAACGCUGCCGCCGAGAAAGCCGACGAUGAGAAAUUUGCUUUGUACGACCAAGUCGAGGCUCGUUUAGCCUCCUGGAAAGGCGGCAAGGCGGACAAUCUACGAGCAUUGCUUCAAAGUCUGGACGCCGUCUUGUGGCCAGAGGCCGGUUGGAAAAAGGUCGGCAUGAGCGAUUUGGUGAUGCCAAAUAAGGUCAAGAUCAUUUACAUGAAAGCCAUCGCCAAGGUCCAUCCAGACAAGAUCCCCCAGGACGCCACCACCGAACAGCGCAUGAUCAGCGGUGCCGUCUUCAGCGCAUUGAAUGAAGCAUGGGACAAGUUCAAGACCGACAACAAUCUCUGA